GCGCGCCUCCAGAGCACCCACAACAAGCAGUACGAACGCGAGGUGGGAUACCGGGAAGCGGUGACGAAGCUGAAGCGCAUGGUGGAGGCCGAGCGCCAGUCCGUGAGGGCCUUGAAGGCGCAGCAGGCAGAGCUGCUGCAGCAGCGCACGGAGCUGGAGGUGCUGCUCGGGCAGUGCCUCGACGACGUGAAGGCCGAGCUGGCGCGGCACCAGGCCCAGCUCACCACCGGCCUCGCCACCGCCCCGCUCGCGGACGCGCCUGCGCCCGCGGCGGUGCAGCUGCACCAGCUGGGCCCCGCGGACCGCGAGAGG